UAACCACAAAGUAUACUCCCCCAUAAAAACCCCUCUUAAGUCAUCGUCGUCCCAAACCCCAACCUUGAAUCCAAGAAGACGCAAAAGAAGAGAAUGGCCGACGGCGAGAUCAUCGUGGUUCCCUUCCACAGCUCCGGCCACAUCUUCCCGGCCAUCGAGCUCGCCAACCACCUCGCCUCUCGUAACCACCGCAUUGCCCUCCUGCUUCCCACCACCCCCUCCGACGCCUCUCUCCACCCUCUGAUCCGGAUCGUGGAGUUCUCCAUGCCCCACCCUCCCGGUGCUCCUCCAGGACCACCACAACCUUUCUCCUCCACUUCUUCUUUUUCUUCUUCCCCAUCUGGGACCCCCUGCUCCUCCUUCGAUGAUUUCCUCGCCCGGCGAUUUGACGGCGAUGAUCCGUCGCCUCCCCCGAUCUGUGCCAUCGUCGACGUGAUGAUGAGCCAUCUCUUGGACAUCUGCCGCGAAUUCCAGAUCCCGGUCGUCAGUUUGUUCACGUCCAGCGCCUGCUGCACCGCUCUGGAUCACGCCAUGUCGAAACUCUCAAUGGAGGAUCUGGGCCCCGGUCGGACAGUCACCAUCCCGGGCUUGCCGGAGGAGAUGGCUCUCACGUCCCAAGAUCUCAACCAACGACCGGGCCAUCCGGGUGCUCGACCGCCCAUGUUUGGACCGGACCAUGGCGGUCCGCCACCACAUUUUGGCCCCGGCCGUGGUGACGUACGCCCGCCUGGUCCGCCUCCUCCGUUUGGACCCGGCCGUUUUGGCGUUCCGCCGCCUCCGCUCCGACAGGGAGAGGGCGGCGCUCCUCCACCGCCACCAUGCCCUGGCCACCAGGAAGGCCCUCCGCCGUCUCCAAGACGAGGACCGCCGCCGCCUCCUCCAUUUGGACACGGGCACUGCGGUGGACCUCCUGCACCGCCCACAUCCGCCGGCGGUGGCCCACAUCCGACGCCACCACUUCGACCGGGAGAUGGAGGCGCUCCUCGGCCGCCGCCGCCGUGGGAUGGCCAUGGCCACCAUCCGCCACCGCCGCCGGUGCCCGGACACGGGCACUUUGCUGGCCCUCCGCCACCUCCAUUUGGCCACGGGCAAGGUUGCCGUCCUUCACCGCCACCGCCCGAUAGAAUAGGCCCAGGACACGGCGGAGGUCCCCCGGGCCUGGCCGAUACGGAGGGCGCGAUCGCGUUGCUCUUCAACACCUGCGAUGAUCUGGAGCGUCCGUUCCUGGAUUACUUGGCUAAGCAAACGAAGAAGCCGGUGUGGGGCGUGGGCCCGCUGCUCCCGGCCGCUUUCUGGUCCGCCGCCGGUUCCCUCGUCCACGACGCGGAGGUCCGGCCCCAGCGCGGCGACUCCAGCGUCAGCGAGCGCGAUGUUCUGGAGUGGCUGGACUCGAAGCCGCCGGGAUCGGUAAUCUACGUGUCCUUCGGCUCCAUCGGGGCCCCGAGCGACGCGGAGCUGGCUGAGCUGGGGGCCGGUCUGGAGGAGUCGAACCGGCCUUUCAUCUGGGCCAUCCAGCCCAAUGCGAUGCAGCACGACCCGGCGGGGCUCCCGGUCCAGACCGAUGGAAGCUUCUUGGAGCCGGAGGGGCUGGCGAGCCGGGUCGGGGGGAGGGGUCUGGUGAUCCGCGGGUGGGCGCCGCAGCUGCUUAUCCUGAGCCACGGGGCGACAGGGGGGUUUGUGACGCACUGCGGCUGGAACUCGACGGUGGAGGCGCUGGGGUGCGGGGUGCCCAUGCUGACGUGGCCGCUGCACGGGGAUCAAUUCCACAACGCGAGGCUGGUGACGCGGCGGCUCCGGGCGGGGAUCGCCCUUAAGUCCGGGUCGGAAUCGGUGAGCAAGGACGGCGUGUUGCAGGGGAUCGAGCGGCUGAUGGUGGGCGAGGAGGAGGUGAGGGAGCGGGCCGCCUCGGCGCGGGAGAUAUUCGCCGGUGGGUUUCCUCGGACCUCCUCGGCAUCCUUGGACGCGUUCCUCGAUUUCAUCCAUCACCGUUGAUUUGAUUUUGCUUUCAGAAGUGCGCGGAAUGGUAGAACAGCAGUAUUGGAUUGGAUGUAUCUGCCAGGAGUCAGUUAGCCUGUGUCUGUCUACACUACUACAUCGAAUCGUGUUGAAAACCUUGUUCUAAGAAUAAAUAAAUAAACUUUUAUAAAUAUUUAGUGUAACAGGUUCCUGAAGAAAUCCUUCAUUUUUGGAGUCCAGAGUCCCAUUUACAAUAACGCAUGAUGCGAUUCUAAA